AUGUCUCCAGACUUCGACGCGAUUGUGGUGGGUGCUGGGUUCGCAGGAAUCCGCAUGCUGUACCUGUUGAGGGAAAACGGAUUUAAUGUACGAGGGAUUGAGCGUUACAACGGCCUUGGUGGGGUUUGGUACGCCAAUCGCUACCCUGGCGCACGAUGCGAUAGUCCCCAGCCCUUCUAUCAAAUUCAAGACGAGACAUUAGCCAGCGGUUGGACGUUCUCGGAAAGAUACACAGAGCAUAGCGAGAUUCGUGCUUAUUUCCAAUAUGUCAAUUCGAAGUGGAAUGUGAGCAAGGACUUUGACUUCGGUACCACUGUUGUUCAAGCGUCGUUUAACGAGGAUUUAUUUUGGUCCAUCUCUCUGUCCGAUGGAAGGUGUUUGACCGCGCGGUGGUUUAUUCCCGCGGUUGGGUUUGCUUCCACGCCAUCUAUGCCAACAAUCAAAGGUAUUGAUCAGUUUCAAGGGGAGCUGUAUCACACCGGGCGCUGGCCACUUUCGGAGGUUUCGUUAAAGGAUAAGCGAGUGGCUGUCCUUGGUACUGGUGCCUCGGGAGCCCAGGUUGUCGCGAGCAUAGCGCCUAUAGUGAAAAGUUUGACAGUCUAUCAAAGGACGCCUGCUGUGGUUAUCCCAAACUCACCAGAAUCUGACAAGUUUUCCAAUCCGCAUAUUGCAUCAUUGACCCCGGAAGAGACUUGCGCCGUUUUUAGACGAUCACCAAAAUCCUUUUCCGGUCUUGACUAUUUCUUUAAAGAUUCCGAGUCAGUGCCAAUAGGAUCUCCACUGCGUGAUCUCCUGAACAGGCAGUUAUAUAAGGCAGGAAGUCUGAGUCUCAUCUUAGAAAACUUUCCAGAUGUCUUAGCGAACAAAGCAGCCAACGAACAGCUAUAUUCGUCCUGGGCUAAUAUAACACGAGCGAAGAUAAGAGACCCCAUAAAACGAGACAUACUCGUCCCUCGCAUACUUCCUUACCCUAUUGGGGUUAAGAGGCCUUUGCUUGUGGACAACUAUUAUGAGUCAUUCAACCAGCCCAAUGUGGAUGUAGUAGACACGAGAAAAGAAAUGUUGACCAGGAUAACUAGCAAAGGCAUCCAGAGUGGCUCAACUGAACGGGAAUUCGAUGUCAUUAUCUGCGCAACUGGAUUCGAGCCUUUGAGUGCCGGCCUACUCAAAUUGAAUAUCACCGGCAAGCACGGCGUGCACUUGACCGACGUCUGGAAUCCGCGCGUCAUUUCCUAUUUGGGAAUGGCUAUCCCUGAAUUCCCUAACAUGUUCUAUCUAUGGGGUCCACAGGGCCCAACAGUUAAAGUGAAUGUUCCUACAACCAUUGAAUGCCAGGCACAGUGGAUCUUGUCCGUUUUGAAGAGUCUUCGUGAGUCUCAUAUUGACUGCUGUGAGGCGACUCGAUCCGCAUCUCAGGGUUGGGUAGAGAAAUUGCAUCAGCAGUGGGAUGAUUCACUAUACAAAAAGGCAGAUGUAUGGGAGGCUCGGAGUUCCGCCGACGAGCCAGAGCCACUCUGGAUUCAAGGGAUAAAUAAAUACCACGAUUACAUACAGAAAUGUCGGGCACCGGACUUCCGCGGCUUUGUCGAAUUGAGGCCAAAGCCUUCAGCGAGUUUGUAG